GUGGAUGAAUAGAAUUAGAAUUGGAUUUGAUAUUGGAUCCUUCCAACAGCUUCAAUGAGGAAAGUUUGAAUCUUGCAAAAGAAACAAGAAUAUAUAAAUAUAUAUUGCAGAACCAUGUUCUUUUUAGAAAUACUUUUCAAAUCAUCUGUCUAUAAAUACAAUCCUCUUUCUCUUUGGAAUUAGACAUCACAAACCAAACCAACAAUACAUUACCUAUUCACCAAUAUUAUCACCAUGUCUAACUCCAAAACCUUCUUAUCUCUAACCUUCUUCACAACCUUUCUAUUCUUUUCCUUUGUAAACGCCACUUACUAUCAAGACAUAUCUCCAUCAUUCCUUGGUUUCAAACAAGAGAAACUCACUCACAUCCACUUUUUCUUGCAUGACAUCGUUACAGGCCCAAAACCCACCAUGAUCAUAGCCUCCGAAUCUCCUUUAAACGGUAAAUCCGAAUCUCCCUUACCGUUCGGGUCCAUAGUGGUUCUGGAAGAUCCACUGACCGUUGGACCCGAACUUAACUCCGAACUAAUCGGAAAAGCCCAAGGCUUUUACGUAACCGUCUCUCAAGCUGCCGUGCUUGAAUUGGAGUUAGUUAUGGGAAUGACUUUUGUGUUCACAGGAGGGAAAUACAACGGUAGCACACUAAGUGUGCUUGGGCGCAACGAGAUCAUUUCUCCGAUAAGAGAAAUGCCGAUUAUCGGUGGAACCGGAGAAUUUCGAUUCGCACGUGGUUUUCUUCAGGCGAAAUCUCAUGCAGUUGAUUAUCAUAAAGGUGAUGCUCAUGUGGAAUAUAAUGUCUAUGUCUUUCAUUAUCCUUCAACUUCAUCAUCUUCAGAAGAUUUUGCUGAGGGUAGUCGAUUCAUGAAGGAACCUAUGUUUGGCCAAAUAUAGAGAAAAAAGUUUUCUGAUACUUAAUAUAAAAAAGUAAUUUACAUUUUAAAUUUAUUCAAAAAUCAAUGUAUUUAGAUAAUAUAUAAUCUAAAUACAUUAAUUUUUCAAUUUUAAUUAAAAGUAAAAAGAAUUAUAUUAAGUACGAAAGAAAUCAAAUAGAUUAUAAGUGGAGAAUAAGUUGCAUAUGUGUAAGUUAGCUAAAUAAUUGGGAUGCUUAUUAUUGUUAGUUUGUAAUUAGAGGGAGAAGAGACAGAUGAGAAUGAAUAAAUGUAUUUGACCUAAAAAAUAUAUAAUUGUCAAUAAAAGUUUAUGAUGUUUUCUA